AUGAUCAUUGGCUGGCUACUGCUUUUCAUGAUGGCUCCACCCCAGGGCACGACAGGUGCGAAGAUCUGCAUCUUCUGUGAGCCGACUGACUCCUCAAACUGCCCCGGCUUCCCCAUGACCUGUGGUGACCACGAAGAGUGCUUUGUGGGCCAUGGUACGGCCCCUGGCUUCAGCCCGGUUAUCAACAAAGGCUGCACACAACCCACGUCUUGUGGCCGUGAGGAGAGUAUUACCUACCAGAGUGUCAACUACAGCUUCAUCUCCACCUGCUGCUAUGGCCAACUGUGCAACAGGGCUCCCACCCCCUCAGGCAGCAUGAUUGUCUGGGCCACCAUCAGCCUGCUGCUGGGCGUGCUGCUGCUUCACUGA